CAAAAAGACGUUGAAAACAAAUUUUGGAUAUGCCCUGGAGGCUCAAAGAACAAAAGAAUCCGAAUGGUUUGCACUACUUUGCACGUCUUGGCUGAUUGGAAAUGCCCUUCCACGAAAAAUCUACACCACUAGCAAAUUAUCCAAAUCCCAUAUUCCAAUUCAGCGAGCGAGUAGUGUCUUUUUCAUUCAUUGUCGUUAAUACCAAUACCGCCGUCGAAUCCCCUGUAUUGUAUUUCGUGCAAGUUUAUGUUACAGGUGCCGAUUCAGUAUUGCCAGUUUGGAUUUUUGAAGAACAUACAUCGUCGUCCUCAUUGAAAUAA